AUGUCCACCCUCAGAUUUCCAGACCAACAUUCCUAUACAUCUCCCAAACCUACCUACGAGCUUGCUCGAUAUGACGAUGCGAACAGCAAUCUGCAACUUGCAGCAACGAAUACGCUGCGCAUCCAUCAUGGUCACUCCGUAAUCUAUACCGCUACUCUUCAAAUCCCCAACCAGCCCGCACAAGCCGUGAUCUGUAAGGUUGUAUUGGGGAAGAGAGGCGUCGCUCGACUGCGAAAUGAAGUCGACAUGUACUGGCGGAUCGCAGAGCUCCAAGGGGAUGUGGUUCCGCGGUGUUUUGGGCUCUUCGAGGGUGAACUGGAGGAUGGUCCCUCGGCGUGCCUCGUUUUGCAGGAUUGCGGGGAACGUUUGUACAAGGAGUUUUUUGCCACCAGUUGGACCUUCAGAUACGAUCUUAUUAUAGCUAUGUCAAAGAUCCAUAAUGCGGGCGUCGCGCAUCGUGACUUUGCUCCAAGAAACAUUGUGGUUAGCAACGACAACAAGCCUUUCAUAAUCGACUUCGACCGCGCAAAGAAGCAUGAUUGCUAUGCUGCCACAGAUAUCAUCUUCAAUACUCCGGAGCCUCGUGAAAUGCGGGACCAGUGUCAAGAGCUUUGGUUGGCGUGUAAAUCAGUUGACGUAUGGAAACCCAGAUCUUUGCGCUACAUGGGAUAUUUUGUGCCGCUCGAAUAUGCUGAUACCCCAGAGAUGCUUGCAACUCGGGCACCGGAGGGCACCCCUGAAGAAGAAGCCCUCAAGCAGGCUCGACUGUCCAUUGCGAUACACAAGGAGAGGAUGCGGCUGAGGGCUCAUUGCUUAUACUACAGCUAG